GGCACUUGACUUGACAUCGUUAACAAUCGUGGUUUGAUGAAUCGCGUCAUAUUUUGCGCUCAUCUCAUCUCUUGGGUCCUUUUAACUCAUCUUUGUUCUUGUUUCCUUAAUUUGGUGUUGCGUCGUAAUGUGUCCGUCGGAUAUGGAAAUUGUCUCGUGGGCAUGUCUGGACAGUGGACAGCGCGAGGCUGAUAUACUAGCAUCUGGGUUACGCAGCAGACGGUUGCCGGCUUUCGUGUAAUCUUCGUAAACGCAAUCCAGUUAACCCGAAGCCCGAGGUGUCUGAUCGGGCUAUUCGCGCAUCUUGCCAGCUAAAAAGGGGCGGUGAGACUCUCUUCGCACAGUGCGACUGAGAAACGAUGAAGCCGUCACUGGGAAGCGCGCGUCGACUGCUCUGGAAAGUUCUGCGAGGCGCAGAUACCUCAGUUAGUAAAUCUUGCACGAGAGUGUGUUAAAAGUGAAAGAAAUGUCAUGUGCAGAAUGUCAGGCACGUGGCUUCCCUCGCAGUUCACUUCAGGUGCAUUUUUGCCCAUAUCGAGAAGGUGAAUGGGCGAGCCACCAUGGAGUUGUACAACAAAGACACAUUUUCUGAGGAUAUCCUGCCCGUUGUGGUUGUUGGUAAUGGACCAUCAGGGAUUUGUCUCUCUUAUUUGCUGUCUGGAUACACGCCUUACCUUUCCCCCGAUGGUUACCAUCCCAACCCAAUUUUGCAUAACAAGCUGACACAGAAUCCUCAUCUGUCUUUGUUUGACCAGGAUCUGGAGUACCUGUGCGAGGGUGUAGAGGGCCGGUCAUCAAACCCUGUGGCUGUGCUCUUCGAUGCCCUCCUUCUUCCAGAUGGUGACUUUGGGGUAGACUGCGCCUCCCCGCUGAUAUGGAGACAUGAGCCGGAAAGGGCCACACCUCACCUUGUACUGGGAAAGGGACCACCUGGAGGGGCCUGGCAUGCGAUGGAGGGCUCCAUGUUGACACUCAGCUUGGCUAACUGGAUGGAACUUCCUGGGUUGAAGCUGAAGGAGUGGAUGAGAGAUAAACGAAGAAAUUUACGUAAUGACCGGGCCACGCCAGCUGAGAUUGCAUCCUACUACCAGCACUAUGUGACUAAAAUGGGUCUGGAGAAGAGCUUUGCUUGCGACACCACCGUGACCUCCGUGUCUCGGCUUUCCCUUGACUCCGGCUGCUCCGUUUGGAAGAUCCAAGGCCUCCAGAGAAGAGCAAGCGGCGACGAAGGAGAUGAAGUCCCUUUCUCCGUCUACGCCGAGAACGUGGUGCUCGCCACGGGAACCCACGACAUCCCAGCUCGUCUCGGCGUAACUGGUGAAAACCUUCCCUUCGUGUGCCACAGCUUCUGGGAACUGGAGGCCGCCAUUUCAUCGGGCCGCUUGGACCGCGCUUCAGAGCCGGUUCUUGUGGUUGGUGCAGGGCUGACGGCGGCUGAUGCCGUUCUCGCGGCUCACCACUUGAACACUCCUGUAUAUCACGCCUUCAGACGCCCCGUGAACGAUCCGGCGCUCAUCUUCAACCAGCUGCCCAAGCUCCUCUACCCCGAGUACCACAAAGUGCAUCAAAUGAUGAGCCAGCAGCAGCGCAAAGUGGGUGAGACGGCGGUCAACCUGUCCAACCAACCGCUUUCCUCGCCUGCUGUUGGCACAAGCCCAUACACCUGUUAUCCCGGUUACCUAAGCUUCCCGAAGCACCACGUAGCUGCCUUCAGACAAGACGGCAAGUGUGUGCUCGAGGACGAGGAGGGGGUACAGACAGCGGUGCAGGUAUCGAUGGCGCUUGUUUUAAUCGGUGCCCAUCCAAACCUGUCGUUCCUCCCAGAACAUGGUCGCCCUUUGGCGUUAGACUCGGAAGAGCCGAUCAGUUGUCGGCGGAACCCGCUGGACGUGGAUCCGUACACGUACGAGUGCGUGAAGGAGCCGGGGAUGUACGCCAUGGGUCCGCUGGUGGGCGAGAACUUCGUGCGGUUCCUGAAAGGCGGAGCUCUGGCCAUUGCGUGUGAUAUCUCUCGAAAACAAAGUAAAAAACCUCAAGAGAGUUGCACAACAAGCUCAUUGAAGGCAUGAAAAGACUUUGACUUGAGACUUUUUAUAUAUAUAUAUAUAUAUCUCUGGUACUUGCAGAGUCCACAUAAAUGUUGGAAAAAUGCUCUGUGGUUCUGCUCCAGCUGACACAAAGGAAUCAGUUGUUGAACAGUUCACGACCGCUCCGACAUCCCACUGCAAGUGCACAGACACAGAUUUUUGUUGUUAAUGGCUAACCAACCCACCUCUGAACAUUAAUCUGAGUCUUUGGACACAGGGUACUUUAACUACUUCAGGGAUUUAUUUGUCUGGCUGCUCACUUGAAACACUACUCAUGCUUUCACAGCAAUCACGUUCUGUUGUGCCAAAUCGACAUUCGCAAUCACGGUGUUUUCAGAUCCAAUAUUUCCUUGACGCAAGGAAAACAACUAGUCUUUGCCAAGCAAAUGCUGCUGUUGUAUCAAUGUUGGUACUAACGCUCUUACUGUUUUCUUCAGUGAAUGUAUAAAUCAUAGUGGACCCGGAAAAAGGAUCGUUGUAGCAUUACGUCUCCCGUACAUUGCCUUUCCAAGUAAAGCACACGGCUGUAGUGAAUCCAGCAAACCAGACUUGAUUUUCGAGGGUUAUGGCUCUUAAAGGUUUAAGGUGUCUUUGUUUCAUGCUGCUGUUACUAACCUAAAGUUAACCUCGGUGAGGUCAGGCUGCACUUACAAAACUGACCACAAGAGGGCCUUUGCACGCCGUGACUAAAGCAAGCAACAUUGCAUCAGACAUAAUGACCCAUCAUGAUUAAUCCUAUAUAAGCUUAUUCACCAUUGUGCAAACUGACAUGGGACAGAUAUAUGGCCUAGAGGACCUUUUCAUGCAAUGACUAAAAUAACUGCAUUUUUUUACAUAUAUAAUACAUUUUGUAAAUUCAAAUGCAUAUCUUGUUUCUUCAAGAAAACAAUUCUACAUUCAAGGUUAAGAUAAAACCUCCUUUUUUUUUUUAUCUAAAAGCUAUUCUGCUGUAUUACUUGCAUGUUAUGAACCCUGGCAGCUCUGAUGAAGCAUUUGUAAAAAAAAAUAGUUUGUACUUUUUUUUUUUUUUUUUUUU